CAGGGCCCCAGGGCAUGCUGGGAACCCGGAGGUGCGCAGGCGUAGCCGACCGGAGGACCCGGCUGUUCAUUCCGCAGCUUGUUCUUGGGCCGCGCCGAUCUGUCUGCCGUCCUUGGACCCAAGAUCUCUUCAGCUUCUGGAAAUAAGCUCUGUGUGUGCAGAUCCCAGGGAGAACCCCUCCGUGUCCCCAGCUUCUGCUGGCUGCCCUUUCCAUUGACCUUGUCUUAUCUGUCAGAACUCUGGGUGGCCUCCUCUGUUGGUUGCAGUCUCUCCUCUGUGGGCAGGAGCAGGGCCUCUGUAACUUCUCGGACACCUCACCCUCUGUAAAUCCUUGUGGGCCAGCCUUCUGCCCAGGAGAGAAGGAAAAGACGUCUGCCCCUCUGGGAUCCUUGUUCCUUCCCAGCUCAGUCUGUAGAGGAUCAAAGCCUGACCAAGCAGGGAGCCUGGAGCCAGAGGGAAUGGCCCCCGGAAGCUGCAGACCUCCAGCCCAGGAGUUGGUGACAUUCAAGGAUGUGGUUGUGGACUUCACCCUGGAGGAGUGGGGCCUCUUGGACCAUUCUCAGAAAGAGCUGUACAAGGAGGUCAUGCUGGAAACCUCCCAGAACCUGCUUUCCCUGGGGCUUCCAGUUCUUAGAGAAGAUCUGAUCCCCCCUUUUCAUCAAGGAGAAGCACCUGGGAUGCUGGAGCAAAAAGGCCCAAGGAACUCCUGGCCAGAUGCAGAGAACAAGUUUGAAGUGAAUGAGACAAUUACAAAGCUGAGAAUUUUUGUGGAAGAAUCUGGCCAGCAAAGAUUCACCAGUGACGAUCCUUAUGACUUCAAUUUGAGAAAAAUGCACAACUCUAAUAUGAAAGUGGACAAAAAUCCAGAGAAUCAAUGUGAGGUUGAUGAAAUCGGAAAGAGAGUCCGACAGUCUUCAGUCCUAAAUCACUGUAAGAACAUGACCUCAGGGAAUGACUGUUUUCAGCAUAGUGAAUAUAGCAAAUACUUUCGUGAACAAGUAGAGCUUUUUCAGCCCCAGGAGAAGCCUCCUGAAAUGCAAAUGGAUCAAGAAAUGGUCAUUAGCUGGAGUUCAGAUAUAAUUAGACAUCAGAAAAACACUGGCGAAAUGCUUUAUGUAAGUAAUAAAGGUGGAAAGGUCUUCAAGCAGAACCCUAACCUUAUGACUCAUCAGAAACUUAAUAUUAUAAAGGAGCUUGAUGAAGACAAUGAAUGUGAAACAACUUUAUCCCAUCACUCAUCUCUUCCUUACCUUCCUAGAUUUCAUACUAGCAUGAAAACAUAUGCAUGUAAUCAGUGUGGGAGGGCCUUUGAUUGGAACUCAGAUCUUAUUAAACAUCAGAAGACUCAUACUGGAGAAAAGUUUUAUAAAUGUAAUGAAUGUGGGAAAGGUUUCUGCUACAAGUCACUCUUUAUUGUCCAUCAGAGAAUCCACACCGGAGAGAAACCUUUUGAAUGUAAUCACUGUGGAAAGACUUUCACGGAAAGGUCCAUUUUUGCUAGACAUCAGAGAAUCCACACUGGAGAGAAACCUUAUGAAUGUAAUCCAUGUGGAAAGACUUUCCGAAAGAAGUGCCAUCUUGCUGCCCAUCAGAGAAUCCAUACUGGAGAGAAACCUUUCAAAUGUAAUCAGUGUGGAAAGACUUUCAAACAGAGCUCUAAUCUUACUGUACAUCAGAGAAUCCACACUGGAGAGAAACCUUUUGCAUGUAAUAAAUGUGGAAAGACUUUCCGAACAAACUCCCAUCUUGCUGCCCAUCAGAGAAUUCACACUGGAGAGAAACCUUAUGAAUGUAAUCAAUGUCAAAAGGCUUUCAGAAAAAGCUCCAGUCUUGCUGCCCAUCAGAGAAUCCACACUGGAGAGAAACCUUUUGAAUGUAAUCAGUGUGGAAAGGCUUUUACACAGAGGGCCAAUUUUGCCACACAUCAGAGAAUCCACUCUGGAGAAAAACCUUAUGAAUGUAAUCAAUGUGGAAAGGCUUUCACAGUGAGGGGCAAUCUUGCUGCACAUCAGAAAAUCCACACUGGAGAGAAACCUUUUGAAUGUAAUCAAUGUGGAAAGGCUUUCAAAUACAGCCCUAGUCUUGCUAGACAUCAAAGAAUCCACACUGGAGAGAAACCUUUUGAAUGUAAUCAAUGUGGAAAGACUUUCAGAUACAGCUCCAAUCUUGGUAAGCAUCAGAGAAUCCACACUGGAGAGAAACUUUAUGAAUGUGAUCAGUGUGGAAAGGUUUUCACAAAGAGCUCCAGUCUUGCGAGACACCAAAGAAUCCAUACUGGAAGGAAACAUUUUGAAUGUAAUCAGUGUGGAAAGGAUUUCAGAUACAGCUCCAGUCUUACUGAUCAUGAGAAAAUCCACAGUGUGGAGAAACUUUAUGAAUGUAAUCAACGUGGAAGGGCUUUCACACGAAACUUCCAUCUUUCUGUACAUCAUAAUAUCCACGCCGGGGAGAAACCUUAUGAAUGUAAUCAGUGUGGAAAGACUUUCCAAAAGAACUCCCAGCUUGCUGCCCAUCAGAGAAUCCACACCGGAGAGAAAGCUUAUGAAUGUGAACAAUGUGGAAAGGCUUUCACAAAGAGCUUCUAUCUUGCUAUACAUCAGCGAAUCCACACUGGAGAGAAACCUUUUGAAUGUAAUCAGUGUGGAAAGGCUUUUACACAGAGGACCAAUUUUGUCACACAUCAGAGAAUCCACACUGGAGAGAAACCUUAUGAAUGUAAUUAUUGUGGAAAGGCUUUCUCAGUGAAGGGCAAUCUUGCUGCACAUCAGAGAAUCCACACUGCAGAGAAACCUUUUAAAUGUAAUCAAUGUGGAAAGGCUUUCAAGUAUAAUUCUAGUCUUGCUAGACAUCAAAGAAUCCACACUGCAGAGAAAUCUUUUGAAUGUGAUCAGUGUGGAAAGGCUUUCACACAUAGGGCCAACUUUGCUAAACUGGAGAAAAUCCACAAUGGAGAGAAACCUUAUGAAUGACAAUUUAAAAAUUCAACAGAUGUAGUUUCUGGGUAAUUAAUCAUUUUAUCAAUAAUGCUAGCAUUUUUUUUUAAUAAAAAGGUCAGUGACACUCUCAAAUACCAAAGACCCUUCAUGGUCAUGGGCUCACAGUUUAUGCCCUUGGAAGAAUGGGUGUUCCCCGACUAUGGCAACCAACUCUGAUUGGUUAACAAGUGAUGAAAGAGAAUGGAUAUUAUAAUGAGGGGCCAGAGGAAUGUAACUUUGAUUAUAUCAUUUACUUCUAAGUUGCCCGGCCUUGGGCAACCUGAUCAGAGAAUUGAUUCCCACCCAAACCUGUGUCUAGCACCAUGGGCUUUCCCCCCUUAGAUUAAAUUCCUUGUAAGGUUGGGAGUCUUACCAUGAUUGAGGAGAAAGUUCAGCCUUCAGAGACUGAGCUUUGAAAUGAGGACUUUAGAAAAAGGGGGAACUUUGGAUCUCCCCAAAUCAUUGGUUAUUAAUAAUCAUUUCUCUCAGACUGCUGUCAAUGUUGAAAGGAUUUUUACAGUGAAUGGCAAUCUUGCUGUAAUCAGAGAAUCCACACUGCAGAGAAACUUUCUGAAUGUAAUCAAUUGUGGAAAGGCUUUCAUAUACAGCAUUCAUCUUGCUAGACGUUAAAGGAUCCACACUGGAGAGAAAUCUUUUGAAUGCAAUCAUUGUGAAAAGGCUUUCACAUAUAGGGCCAACUUUGCCAAACUGGAGAGAAUCCACACUGGAGAGAAACCUUAUGAAUGCAAUCAAUAUGGAAAGGCUUUCACAAAGAGCGACAGGCUUCCUGCACAUCAAAGAAUCCAUAUUAGAGGGAAACCUAAUGAGUGUCAUGUACAUGACAGAGCUUUUAGUUACCAAUCUUAGCUUAUUUAGCUUAGGAGAAUUCACAGUGGAGAGAAAUCUUAGGAAAAUAAUCAGUGUGCUUAAGCCUUCACCUCUUACUUCUCAGCAGUAAAUUCAUAUCAUAUAGGAAUAUUACCACUUAUGAAUGAGGAAAGGUAUUCAAAUGGAGUUCAGAACUUGUUCAGUAUUAGAAAAUUCAUUCUCAUGAGCAGCUCCAUAAGGACUCAGUGUGGAAGGCUUUCAGCCAGAGGUCAUCUCUUACUUUAUGAGAAGAAUCAGUGGAGUGUGCACAAGGGGGUUGUGUUUUCCUCUGGAGGAGGGUUAUCAAUAGGCAACAAGAUUCAUACUGGAAUGAAGGCAUAUAAAAGCAAUAAAUGUGGAAAGGGCUUUAACUAGAGCUUGUACUUGACUGUCCAUGGGAUAAAUCCUUUCUUCUGGAGAUAAAACUUAGGGAUCUUUUUAACAAGGGAAGGUCUCUAGCUGUAGCACAGAUUUCAUUAGACCUCUCAGCAAAAGAGACCUCAUUUAAUAUCACAAAUUUCACACUUCACCUAAAACAGUAAAUAAUGAAUUUUUCAUUAUUCCUCAAAAUUUGUGGCAUUUAAAUGCUAUAAUUUCUUCAGCCAUUCCCUUUCAAUUGGAACUUACUUUGUUUCCUGGCCACAGAAAGUCCUCAUGUAGAUAUUUUGGUAACUGUUGGACAUCUCUUUCUGUAGUGCUUUCUUUAAGUAGCUAGGUGGCUCAAUGGAUGAAAUGUGCUUGGAGCCACAAGACCUAAAUUCAGUUUCAGUCUCUGGCACUAACUAGCUGGAUGGAUGUCCUUGGGCAAGUCAUGUAACCUGUUCCUGCCUAAGUUUUUCCAUCUGUAGAAUGGGGCCAAUAAGAGCACCUACCUCCCAGUUUUGAAAUCAGAAUUAAAUGAGACUAUUUGUAAAAUACCUUGCAAGUAUUAAAUCACUAUGGAAAUUCUAAUUUUUUUUCAUGGUGAUCAUUCCUUGGAUCAUAAGGCUCACAGUAAAAUCAGGAAACUGGAACAUUUGAACACUUUAGUCAUUUGUCUUUAAAAUCAAAUUGAUAUUCAGAACAAAAUAGAGGAAGACACUAAUUUUAAUGGAUAGGGCACGGGUUUAAAAGGGAAAAUGAGUUCAAAUCCUGACUUAGAUGCUCUCUAACUGUAUAACUGUGGGCAAGGAACACCCUCUCUGUGCCUCACUUUACUUAUCUCUAAAACGAGGAGGUUGGACUCAGUGGCUUCUGUGGUCCCAUUGCAACUGUAAAUAUAUGUUUUCGUCAAAAGUGCAUUCAUAUGUCUUUCCCAUAGCCUCUUUCAGUAUUCCAGGAAGCAGGUGUAACAGGACCAAAUCUGAAACUAUACCAGAAAUUGGUAGUCAUCUAAACUGUUUUAUUCUACUUAAAAAUAAGGAUCUUCGGAAACUGAUCAGAUGUGUAAUAUAUGAAAGAAAAUUAGUAUCGUAACCUUGUCUUUAAUCAAUCCAGAGACCUCAACUAUAAGGCUAGUACUUAACUAACCAUCACGAAAUGCUGGAAACACUGGAAAUUAGUCUGGCAGAAAAUAGAUAUGGACCAGCCUCUAACACUAUCAACCAAGAUUAGGUCCCAAUGAAUACAUGACUUAGAUAUAAAACACCAUUUCAAACAAAUUAGAGGAACCAUGAAGAGAUACUGUUAUGGAUAGUGGAAGAGUUCAUCUCCAUGGAAUAGAGAGGAACACAGAAAAUAAAAUGGGCAAUCUUCAUCACAUUAAAAACACCUAAAAUUUAAAAGGAAGCAAUCAACUGGGAAAGAGAUUUAUAGCAGGUUUCCCUCACAAAGGUCUCUUGUGUAAGGUAUGUAAAGAACAGAUACUGGUCAUAUACAGGAAUAUAAAGGAAGGAUGCAGUAGACAUAUGGUCAAAAGCUGUGUGCAGGCAAUUUUGAAAGGGAGAAUUGCAGAUCACUUUUUGUGAAAAAAAAAAUCCUAUCCAUAAUUUCUAAUGCAAAUCACAAAUAAUUAGAUUUUCGUAUUGGUAAAGGUGAUAAAAAUGAGAAUGAUAGAUAAUAGGGAAUUUGUUUUACUUGACUAUGUAUAUGUCACAAGAGUUUUGUAUUCUUUUUUCACCCAAGAGAGGGCAGAUCCAUGGGGGAGAAAACAAAUAUAACUAAAUAAACAAACACAAAAAACCCAACUUAAACAAGAAUGUUCCAAAUCAAUAAUUAGAUACGUGCAAAUUAAAUGAAUUCUCAGGCUCUACCUCACCCAUAUGCAUUUGACAAAGAUAACAAGAAAAAAAUUUGAAGAGUUGAAAGAGCUAUGGGAAAAUAGACACAGUAAUUGUUUUGCUGUUAGUAAAGCUGUGAAUUUCCCCCCCUCCCUCACCAUACACACACACACACACACACACACACACACACACACACACACAAAUUACCAUAUUGGGUAUACUCUUUGACUCAGUGAUACCAUUAGAGGGUAUAUUUCCUUAAAGGAAAAGGAACCAAGUAUACAAAAAUAUUGAUACCAGCUCCUUUUGUUAUGUCAAAGAACUGGAAAGUAAGAUGUCAUGUCCCACAAUAAAGGCAACAGGUGAACACAUUUUGGUAUGUGAAUGUUACGGAGAAAUAAUAUGCUAUAAAACAGGCAAUUUCAGCGAAAAUCAGAAAGAGUAGUAUUGACUGAUGCUGACUACAAGGAGUAAUUGAUAACAAUAACAUUAUGAAGGCCAACAGUUUGACCAAGUGUUCCACCUCUUAUUGUAAUGAUUGACUGCUAUAGCAGAAGAUUAUCAGGAUCUGUGCAAGUUGCCUCCUAACCAAGAUGCGAUGGAUAUAAGAUACACAAUAAAAAGUGUAUUUGGGAAAUGGA